AACACCAAAUUUUUACGAGUUCUGCGACAUAUUAUAGUGUCCACAAGAUGAGGGAUAAACGUGCGCCGCGAGGAAAAGUCUUCAACUUUAAACCUCAGUUAGAAUGGAGCGAUGGAACUGCUCAGCAGGUACACUUAUCAUCGCUAUAUCGGUCUCACAUGGUGGUUGUCCUAGGAAAGGCAUUACAACGACCGCCUGGGUGGGUUAGGAUUGCUACGGUUACGCCGACUUUACCUGCUACUUUCGACUCGAAUCACUACCUUCCUAUUUACCCUACAGGGAAGCACCAGAAGGGUGGUGUACAAUUGAAACUCUGUGGCAGUUUUGAUGGACAAACAAUCUUACGUUUACUCUCAUAUGUAAAAGUCGACGAAAUCGAAGAAGUACCAUUGGAGAUAUUGAGUGAAAUAUACAGAUCUGACGGGCUGAGCAUUUCGCUCCAAGAGAAGUCUUUUGGACCCUUGCAGCAUUAUUCAAGAAAAUAGGUUGUCGGCUGCCUCUACUUGGCUGGAAUAGUUACAUUCCAUUGGUAUAUUGGAAUCUACUGUUAGUGGAAAGCAGCAAUAUUACCGGACUAGCAAUCUUGAAACAAGAUCUCGAAACCUGAAAGAAUGGUACCAUUCUGGUUGAAGAUACGAGAAUUUACCUGUUGUUCUCGCCUUCCCCCUAGUGAGAACCUCUUUAUCGAAGUCAGGGGAAGGGUUUUUGUAGAGACAUCAAAUUGAUUGUCAAGACAGGUAAAGAUAAUUUGAAGUAUGAUAGACGGAUUUCAGUUAUAUUAAUCAAUACUUUGACUUUUUGCAUUCUC